AUGAAGGUCAAGAAGUCCAAUAAGAAACAAAACCCUCCCCUCAUCAUUGACUCGGCUCAGCCUGAUGAUGUUGCCGCUCUGAUCAACAAAAUUUCCUCGGCAUCCGAUGAAGAGAUCGCGGAGGUGCUUGAACAGUUCCAAGCGUGGCGUUAUCCGAGGGGUGAUCUUCACACAUGGGUACUGGUGUUGGACCGAUUCGACGAAAUCCUGGCAGGAGUGAUCCAAAAUUAUGAUCUCACCAAACUACAGCUCAACGAUUUCACCCCAAAGACCAAAAAGCUACUCUUAGAGGUCUUGAGGGUCCAGCGGCUGUUGCUCGAGAAUUGUACUAACAGGAAACUGUUCAACUCUUACGACCGGUUGUCCGACUUGCUGUUGACUAAUGACUUGGAUGUCUUGCAAUCAGCCAUAUUCGUCCUCUUGCGUCCCGCUCAACAAUACGCCAUCACCACUCCCCUCGAGCCAGCCCAGCGACAAGCUAUACUUCACCGGCUUGUAGUUCUCAGCAGAGGAUGGGAAAGCUUAGUGCAUUCUGGCAUCAAUCUUACUUCACUGGCAUCGGAUCAGGAGAUCGAAGUGCCAGAUGCUUUGCGACAUGUCCAAGUCUCCUUCUAUCCUACUAUCCAGCCGACUGGAGCACCAGGUGAGAAGUCUCCAAUUAAGAUGCUGUCUUCGGCUGCUGUAGAGACGCCCACGCGUCAGCGCCCGGUACCUCACAGCAAGAACAGCACUCCCAUGGCACGUCAGGUGGCCAUUACAGCACCGGCUUUGUCGGGGCCGUCAUUGAUCGAUCUGGGAGAUGUGUCGAUAAGUAUGCGCGAGAACUUUGUCGACCAGCUGAGCGCACUCGCCGAAAAAGAACACAUCCCUCUCGAUGACCAAUACUCCGUUCUCAAUCGCCUGAGGCUUGUGCUCCUCAUGGGUGAUCGAUGCACAAGGAGAAGACUGCUGUCCAUCCGCCUUCUGGCCUUGGCGACUUAUGUGUACCUUUCGUCUGAAGACGCAGCGCAAUCCAAUCUCUUUCUUUAUGAGCCUGAAAUGGUCUCGCAGCUGGCCGACCUCAUGCGGUCAUCCGACACUGUUGGGGAGGAUGUGACCACAGGCGCAUUGAUUGCUCUGUGCGCCUGCGCGCAUCAUCAGAACAAGAUGGGUGAAGUAAUGACCUCUGUCAGUGUCAACGUCAACCAUGGCGUUAUGGUGACUUUCCUUCGUCGACUGGUGCAGCGCUCAACCGAGGGAGAAGCCAUGUCUUUCGAGGUUAUUGACGCCACCAUGGCUUUUAUCGCGUACCUUGCAACCUCCCCCUCCCAUAGCAACAUGCUCAUGGGGGCUGGCAUCCUAAGACUGCUUUUGGAAAUGCUCAAAACUACCGACAGCAAACGAGAAACUUGCAUACCAAGAGCGACCGGAUUGAUUGACAGUAUCAUAUUCUCUAACCCCCAAGGCUUGUCCAAUUUCAGCGGCAUUGAUGGCGUCAAUGCUCUCGUUCUGUGGAUCAAAUCAGAAAUCCAGCAAAGACUGCAAACUGUAGAUGAGGCUCCUUCGGAGACGAUGUCGGAGGACACGAUCCUCGCCGCGGUGAACAAUCCGCUGAAGAGCGUAUUGCGAUCCAUUCAGAGAUUGAUGCAAGCAUCGGGCGGUACUGAAGGCCUCAGAAACCUGGUAGACUCCGACUUGCCCAGAUCAUUGAAGGUCAUCUUCCAAAACUCUUCACGGUUUGGUCCUCGUGUCUUUGCUCUAGCAAUCAACACGAUGGCUACAUUCGUCCACAACGAGCCCACGUCACUAUCAAUCCUGCAAGAAAUGCAGCUCCCGCAGACCCUUUAUGAUGAACUAGAGAAAGAUAUCCCCCCUUCCAGCGAGGUCCUUUCGUCCCUUUCAAACGCUGUGGGUGCAGUCUGUCUCAAUCAAGCUGGUUUAGACUAUACGGUCGCCCAUCCUGGAAUUAUUUCCAAUCUCGUCUAUACUGUUGUAUCACCACGACAUGAGCAGAUCUUCAAUGAGCGGGACAACGCCAAAAAUCUUGGCUUGUCACUCGACGAACUUGCCCGGCACCAUCCUUCCCUCCGGCCGGUGAUUAUCAUUGCAGUGAUCAACGUAUUAAAGAAGGCACACGAAUUUGGCGCAAGGUUUGAGCCGAAAGACGAAGAACGAUUGGAUUAUCUGGUUGAUGAGAUAUCCACUCAGAUGGUCCCCUCGCUGGAGACCCAGCCUUCCAAACCUGCACCGACCAACAAGCCUCUGGCAGCUUUCACGAGAGUCUUCAAGAUGCUCAGCGGUCUCUUGCGCAAUCCCACGAUCGUCAAGGAUUUCGUCAAUGAGGCGGGUCUCGACACUCUCAUGCUGAUGACAGACUCGCCUUGCUGGCCCAUCAGAUUUGGAGCCACAACGGCCGCGAUGGCCCUCGCGCAUCUGAUGAAGUAUGCCAUCGAAUCAUGUCACGCUCAAUUUCUUGACACCAUAAUCAAAUCGAUCGAAGCCUCACUUGGUCAAAGCACCGAAGUUUGGAAGGUCAACGACGCCAUCGAUCACUGGCAGACUGUACGUGAGGGGCGAGCUAACGAUAGUCUGAAGAUGAAAUUCCGGGUCCUUCAGAGCAUUGCAGUGCGCUUAACACUCUUUGGUGACGCUUUGUAUGCUCUAUCGGGCUCAAACUCCAAGGUCGCCACGGCGGUUAUCAAAUCUUUCAAUGUCCAGAAUGACCCAGCCUUCAUCCAGUCGUUGGGCAAGGUCCAUCGCCUCUGUUUUAGGUUCCACGUCCUCUCACGGCCACCAAAAGCGCCUCCCGUCGAGGAAGGCGCAACUCCAGAACAGGCCACUGAACCUGGCGUGCGAUAUCUUUCUACUCGGCUCCAUGCCAUACUGUCGAAAUUUUUCAAAUGUCUUGUUCGACUAAUCUACAUCAAGCGGGGACGCGACCAGGCUCAUCAAGAGCAGGGCCAACUUCUUUCUGCUUGCGUGGCUGACAUCCUCAUUGACCAUUUGUCGGAUGUACCGGACUCGCUUCCCGAUGCUUUCGCUAUCGACGGCUUCGCACUAGGGACAGUUUUAUCCACACUCUUUGACGGUCGAGGUCUGGAGGGGCAUCUCAAUACUUCGCUGUUCUUGGUGUUCGAACGCAAAGGAGGGUUCGACAAGCUACUAGAGUCCUCCCGACGCAUCGUUGAUCAUAUCGAUCAUGCCUCUACUGUGCCGCUAGAGAACAGGAGUCAAGAGGAGAAAGAACGUCACGAAGAAGCGCUACAAGCUUUGAAGACAGUCCUCUUCAUGUGCAACACGUUCGUAUCCACUCGAGCGCUCCUGGGCAGCCCUGAAACGCAUGCGCUUGCAUCUGUGCAGCCAGGCCAGGCGCAACACCCCUUCGCGCCUACUACCAUGUUUCUCAAGCUCCGUCUUGCUGUAUUCCCGCUUGCUCGUCAUGUCUGGGGGGCUUCUUGGCUGUUAGAAUGCCCUACAUUCAUCAUCAAAGCGGUGGUCAACUGCUAUUCAACUUUGAUGGAAGGCAAGCACGAGGAGCCGUUGGCCAUUCCCGCGGUGGCGAGUCGAGGUAUCCACAUCAUCGCCCAGCAUCAUCGACCCCCUGUUGUCACAGCGGAUUCUGGCCAUAUCGACCAGUUAGUGGACAUGGGCUUCACCCGUGGAUCAGCUGCGCAAGCUCUCGUGCGGGCUCGAAACAAUGUCACUGCGGCUACGGACCUUUUGUUGACUGUACCUCAUGAGUUCGAGAGCGAGCUUCCCGCCCCACCUCACGAUGAGGCUGCCGAAGAAGUCACCGAUGACGCCCCUGCGCCUGUCGAAAAUGCCCCACCCCCAGCGCAAGAUGCUGAAGUGGAAGAGCCGGCACUUGUGGGAACGGGCAUAGAUGUGGACCCUGCUGCCACUGCAGAUGACAUCAAUUCGUUCAAGCAGCAGUUGCACGAUUUACGCGACAAAGACAAGGGGGAUCUCGCCGAACGGGCUUUGGCUAUCGUUGAUGUUGCCGAAGACCUCGUCAUGGACUUGCUUUCGUGUCUUCCUUCUGGGAAGGAGGGUGCCAUGUUCUCAUUAAACAAACUUCUCGACAUCUGUCGAGAGUAUCAAGAACCGAGUGAACGCAUAGUGUCAGCCCGCCUGAGACUGGCGUCCGUUUGUUUGAGAUCGGAGGAAGGGACCUCCAUUGAUGCUUCCGUCUUUGCCAUCUCUGCUACAAUCAUAGCUUGUCUACCUCUCAGUCUUGUCAACCACAAUACAAGUAAGCCUCGGUGGCUUACAGGCCUCCUUCUCUUCGGUGAAACUCUACUCUCCUCAUAUGACACCAUCGUCAAAGUCAAACUUGGGGAUGACUCGAGCGUGCCGGUGACCGAACCAGCUAAGGUUCUUGGAGGUGUCACUGAUCCUCUCUUCCUCCUAUGCUCCACUCUGGUUUCAUCAGACGAUGCGUCACGUGAGGAAUUGGUAGCCAGUCUCCGCCUUCUCGUUCUUCUUUCACGGUCCUCCAAACCUGCAUCAACAACGGCAAUGCUCAGCAAUUGUCUGAAACCUUUCCGAAAGAUUUCAGGCAAGCUCGAAGGCUGUUAUUCGCUUCUGGCCAUGAUUAUACGGCACCUUGUGGACGACAAAUGGACUUUGAAUGACAUAAUCGAUGGAGAAGUCAGAAGUUGGUUGUCGCCUGGUCGCAGCAAAGUUGUUGACAUCCAGCAUUUUGUCAAGCAGCUUCGCCCCAUAGCUCUGCGAGAACCUUCUAUCUUUGCCAAUGCCGUUGAAAAAGAGUGUACCCUUGUGGACCCAACCCCAUCACAGUCUGUCUACCAUAUACGAAGUCAGACAGAAGAGGAACGCGAGUCCGGCGUCAGUCACGUUUCUUCAACCAAUACUGGCUUGCAGGAAAGCAAGCACUGCCAGGACGUGAUCGACGUAAUCCUCUCUGAGCUGUCCGAAGCUAUUCCCGGAGCUUUAAGUAAAGUCGACAGCCCUAGCACAUCAAGGGACGGAGAUGAUUUCGAUAUCUUCUCGUAUUCUUCCCUUUUGAUGGCCACUCUCACCGAGCUACUUGGGUCCUAUCUGGUCAUCAAGAAAACUUUCCUUGCCAGUCUCUCUCAAAGAGUGUACCCAGGUGGCAUCAAGUCAAAGGGCGGCGUCAACGGUGUCAUCAAUGACAUGGUGUGUUGCGUCAUUCUAACCCCCGACGUGAUGAGUUUGCCCAGUACCGACAGCAAUUCCGCAGCAGCGAGAAGGCUUGCCAUAUCAUCCCGGGCGACAGCUAUGAUCGUCGCUCUCUGUUCGGAUACUACCCCUGCCCUAGACAAGAAAGACACAUCCGAGGACAUGGUGUCUAUCCGAAAGACUGUAUUGGACGCGAUAUCCAAAGCCAUCCGUGACACCUCUCUUGUCGUUGACGUCAACGUUCGUUAUGGCCGCCUUUGGGCGUUGGGAGAACUGAUACAUCGGCUGCUGGUCGCUCGGUCCAAUGUCUCUGCCAGGCAGAUCAAUAGUUCUGGUCUUCACAUGGCGAAGACGAUGCUAGAGAAGAACUAUGUGGGACUUCUCACAAAUGCCUUGGGCGAGAUUGAUUUGAACUAUCCGGAUAUACGUAAUGUCCUUGUAACAUUGCUUCGUGCUCUCGAUCAUUUAUCAAAGCUGUCCGUCAAGUGGGGCAAGGCCAGCAAGGACACCAAGGAUAGCGUGGAUGAGCGAUCAAGCGAGGACGACGAUGAUUCGGACUCAUCAAAUGCUGAAACAGAUUCUGACGUCGACAUGCUCGAUGAAGACCAGGCUCCAGACCUUUAUCGUAAUUCGGCUUUGGGAAUGCUUGGGGGUGAACUUGGUGAAGAUGACGAGGACGAUGAAAUGGAUGAGGAGGAGGACGAAGAUGACAUGGAAAUGGGUGAUGAUCUCACGGACGAUGACGACGAUACGGCUACUCAAACAUCUGAGGAUGAGUCCAUGGCAUCCGUACUCGAUCACGAUGAAUGGACGGAUGGCCCGGAAGACGAUUUGGGUGACAGCGAUGAUGAAGGGAACUUGGGGGAGUUGGAGCCGGAGGUCAUCCUUGGUUCAGCUGAGGAGGAUGGUGAGAUGUGGGAGGGCGAAUCUGAUGGCCACGAAUCUUUCGGAACCGAUGAGGACGAAGAUGCUGAUGGAGAGGGGGUGCAUGCGGAAGGCAUUUUCGAUGAUGGGUUCGAUGAUCCCGAGAUGGAAGAGUUCGACGAAGAUGACAACGGAGAAGGCUAUGACGAUGCGGAGAUAAUGGAAGCGUUCCCCGAAGUUGUUGCAACUGAGGCUACGGGGCCGUGGGGAUGGGUCCAGCCCGGUAGAUCCAGAACGCACGAUCCUCUGGGCAACCACCGAUUAUUGCCCGGUCUGUCUGAUGAAGAAGACGAGCUCUUAGGGGCUUCCAGUGCUGUCGGCCCUAGCGGACGACCCGCGCAGCACCCGCUUCUUGCCCAUACAUCAUCAACAUCCGGAGCGCGUCAACUUCAUCGGUCUCUGGGCGGAAAUUUCCAAGAACUCGUCACUGCUAUCGAGCGCUUGGGAGGCGCUGAUGCCAUUCACAUGCUGGAAAAUGUCUUGGCAAACAGGCAUAUUACUGGCUCAGAUGCCACUUGGCUGUCUUUCACUCGGGAUCAGUUGGGCAAUUUGACCGCUAUGUCGGUCAAUGGGAGAACAUUCCCUUUGAACGGGAAUAAUCGCUCGAAUGCCCCUCCAGGUCACAUAUCGGCCGAGUUCGUUCCAAUGACCACCUUACAACGAUGGGGCGAGGAGCUCAACUUGGCACCUAUAUCUCGCACUGAAGGGACUAGCCGUCUUGUCCUUCAUCUUAUCAACCGGCUGCUACCUGAAGCUCGUCGCAGAGCUGAGGAACUCCGAAAAGCGGACGAGGCUACCACAACAAAUGCGCCCACCGUCCUUGAAGCCACCGAAUCCACGGAAGAAACGGAAGAUGGCGAUGAGACGGCCGAAAUCGUUGAAGGCGGGGAUUCUGCUCCACACAUGUCAAUCAGUGAAGGAGACGUUGAAAUGAGCGACACCGAAGACAACACUUCUGGGCAGGCGGCAGACGAUGUUGAGAGGAGUGAGAACGUCGACGUCGACGGUCCACGGACCCUGAUCUCGAUACACGGCCGUGAGGUCGAUAUCACCGAUGCUGGUAUCGAUCUUGAAUUCCUACAAGCCCUCCCGGAUGAUAUGCGGGCGGAUGUCGUGGAACAACAUCUGCGCGAGCAGAGACAACACCAACGCCCCGCUGCAAGCGCCAAUAUCCCCGAACCGGUCUCUCAAAUCAAUUCCGAGUUCCUUGAAGCGCUACCCCCUGAUAUCCGAGCGGAAGUCAUCAUGCAAGAAGCAAUGGAAAGCGAACGCCGCAAUCGCCCCCAGCCACCCCUGGCGAGCGGCCCUUCGAGAACUUUCCUCUCUUCCAUCGCGAAUCAGUUGCGAGGUGUCCUAGGCACCCAAGGCGAAGGAUCGGGAACUGCCAUCAAAGCUGAAAGACCUGAUGGAGCGAAGGGACGACAUCGCGAAGCUUUACAGCUUCUGGAAAAGUCUGGCAUUGCCGUCCUUGUCAGAUUGUUGUUCUUCCCCCAUGCUUUGAAGAAGUCGUCUCUAUUCAAGGUUCUUGUCAACCUUUGCGAGAACAGCAACACUCGCAAUGACCUUUUGGACUUGUUGAUUUCGGUCGUCCAUGACGGCUCAGGUGAUCUGCCCGCUGUUGAUCGGAGUUUUCAGCAAAUGUCUCUACGGGGCACGUCUACUCCCAAGGCAACUCCCAAGGGAAAGGCCGCCGAAUCACCCGCCGCAGUGAUACCGUCGAGCCUGUUCAACCAUCUGCAAGCCGAACAUGUACCGACCUUCAUCACUCAACGAUGUUUCGAAGCUCUCGCCUACAUCGUGACCUCGAACGCUCAUGCGGCCUCUUACUUCCUUUCCGAGCACGAGCAAACUGCAGGCCUUCGAAAGCAUUCGUCGAAGAAAAGUAAAGGGAAGGAGAAAUCUCUGCCUCAAACAAAGUUCCCGAUCGUCAUUUUACUUGGCCUGCUUGAUCGUCCAGUGCUUGCCAAAACACCCGGAUUGAUGGACACUGUCACGGCUCUUUUGUUGACCGUCACUAAGCCCUUGGCGGAGCGCAAGGCCGAUGGUGACCAAGCGAAAUCUGCCCUAGCAGCUGGCGGCGAUUCGUCUGCUUCUGCGAACGACGCUGCCAGGAUUACAGCGGUCCAGAGUGCUGUUGAACCAACAAAGACGUUGCCUCAUGGCGAGGGAAUCCCCUCAAUUCCUGCGCCUGUCCUUCGCCUCAUUGUCAAUUGUCUCACAUCUGGCGAUUGUACAAGCCGCACUUUCAGCCAGACGCUGGGUGCCAUGCAGAAUCUCUCCAAUCUUCCUGAAGGGAAAGAUGUGAUCCUACAAGAGCUCUGCUUGCGUUGUCGUGACCUCGGGCAUCUUGCCAACGAGCAGCUCCAAGAACUUGUGAACGCAUUAGAGGUUGAGGCGGAUGUCGGGCCUUUGACGCUCAUCAGCUUCUCGCCCCCAUCCUCUGCUCAAGCCCAACUUCUCCGUCUGCUAAAGACCAUCGACUAUCUCCAUCUCAACAAGGUUGAUCCUGACCCGCCCUCUGAGCAGAUGACCAGUGAGGAACAAGCUGUCACUCAAAUCUUCGGCACUUUCGAUUUCGGAGAACUCUGGGAGCAGUUGGGUCGGUGCUUGUCGAUGGUCGAGGCUCGCGGUAACACCGAGCAACUUGCAACUGUUCUUUUGCCGCUUGUUGAGGCUUUGAUGGUAAUAUCAAAGUACAAGAGUCACUUGCCUCGCGACACUAGAUCAUCGUCUACUCCGCCGUCAUCAACAGAAAGCGCAGACUUUUUUGUGACUUUCACGACUGCUCAUCGAAAAGUCCUCAACACCAUCGUUCGCAACAACCCAUCACUUCUGAGUGGCUCAUUUUCCCUUCUCAUACGCAACCCUCGCGUGCUCGAAUUUGACAACAAACGCACCUGGUUUUUCCAAAAGCUCAAGAAAAAGAAGUCGUCGAUUGUCCCCCCCGGUCCUCUUCAUCUCAACAUCCGACGUCAAUAUGUUUUCGAGGACUCUUUCUCGGCUUUGCAAAGGUGGAGCGGGGAGGAGCUCAAGUACGGAAAGUUGAGUGUCAAAUUCCGUCAGGAAGAUGGUGUCGAUGCAGGUGGCGUCACACGAGAGUGGUACAGUGUGCUGGCGCAGCAGAUCUUCGAUCCAAACUUUGCCCUGUUCGAGCCAUGCGCUGCAGAUCAGCAGACAUAUCAGCCAAACAAAAUGUCUUGGAUUAACGAUGUUCACCUAUCAUACUUCAAGUUUGUUGGACGAGUCAUAGGAAAAGCGGUUUAUGAUGGGCGCCUCCUGGAUGCUUACUUCAACCGCGCAUUCUACAAACAGAUUUUGGGCAGAACAGUGGACAUGCGUGACCUGGAGAGCAUUGAUCCUGAGUACCACAAAUCACUGCAAUGGAUGCUGAACAACGACAUCACCGGCAUCAUUGACGUAAGGUUCACUACCGAGGAUGAUCAAUUUGGUGAAAAGAAGACAGUGGAGCUCAAGCCUGAUGGCGCCAAUAUUCCUGUCACUGAAGAGAACAAAGAGGAAUAUGUGCGACUUGUUGUUUCAUACCGUCUGGACAACUCUAUACGCGAUCAAAUAAAGGCUUUCCUUGAAGGGUUCUAUGACAUCAUCCCUCAUGAGCUUAUCCAGAUAUUUGAGCCCGACCAGCUUGAGCUCCUCAUCUCUGGAAUAACAACGGUGGAUGUUGAUGAGCUCAAGAAUGCUACCCAGUUGAGUGGGUGGAAGUCAACAGAUCCGGAGAUAUCCUGGUUCUGGCGCGCCCUCCGAAUAUUCUCGCAGGAGGAAAGAUCACGCUUCUUGAUGUUUGUGACAUCAUCAUCACGAGUUCCUCUUGGUGGAUUUGCGCAGCUACAAGGAAGCUCUGGUACACAGCCAUUCCAGAUCCAGAAACUGUAUGGGAAAGAAGGUGGACUCCCUCAAGCGAGCACAUGUUUCAAUCUGCUUCUGUUGCCAACAUAUACAUCAUAUGAGCAAUUGCGAGAACGUUUGCAGUUUGCAAUUACCGAGACAGGGGGCUUUGGUAAGGCAUAG